CCGAAGGCGAAGAGGGUGGAUCCCAGGCGGCACCCACCCUUGAGGAUCUGCUUCUGCCUGUGAUUGGCUGCCCUGGGUGCCGGUCGCUACGCCACCCGCCUCUGAUUGGUCAUCCAGCCGCCGCUCUGCGCGGCGCCGGCUCCGCCCCCGUCGGGUGUUUGUGGUGGGGCUGCGGAGUCGCCGAUCCCGCCGGAAGCGCCAGGACAAUGGGGACCAGGGACGACGAGUACGACUAUCUAUUCAAAGUGGUGCUCAUUGGGGACUCGGGCGUGGGGAAGAGCAACCUGCUAUCACGCUUCACCCGCAACGAGUUCAACCUGGAGAGCAAGAGCACCAUCGGCGUGGAGUUUGCCACCCGCAGCAUCCAGGUGGACGGCAAGACCAUCAAGGCGCAGAUCUGGGACACCGCCGGCCAGGAGCGCUACCGAGCCAUCACCUCGGCGUACUACCGCGGCGCCGUGGGCGCGCUGCUCGUGUAUGACAUCGCCAAGCACCUGACCUACGAGAACGUGGAACGCUGGCUGAAGGAGCUGCGGGACCACGCCGACAGCAACAUCGUCAUCAUGCUGGUGGGCAACAAGAGUGACCUGCGCCACCUGCGGGCCGUGCCCACUGACGAGGCUCGUGCCUUUGCAGAGAAGAACAACUUGUCUUUCAUUGAGACCUCAGCCUUGGAUUCCACCAACGUCGAGGAAGCUUUCAAGAACAUCCUCACAGAGAUCUACCGCAUCGUGUCACAGAAGCAGAUCGCAGACCGCGCAGCCCAUGAUGAGUCCCCCGGCAACAACGUGGUGGACAUCAGCGUGCCGCCCACCACCGACGGACAGAAACCCAACAAGCUGCAGUGCUGCCAGAACCUGUGAGCGCCCCGCGCCCCGCCCGCGUGCGUGCGCGUGCGCGUCCUCGUCCUCCGCCCGCCCCGCACCGCGCUGCGCUCCCCUGCCCCGCCCUCUCCGUCCCUCCCAUCGAGCUCCGCACGGCUGGCUGCGGCCCGGAAGAACAGGAGUCAUGGAGUGGCAACUGCUGUCCCCGCUCGAGGAAAGCCAGACGCCCGGGUCGCCGCGCCUGCUCUUCUCGGGUCCCAGUGUGCAUCUCGGCGGGCCAGGGAGGGUGGCAGGCUGCACGGGGCCAGCCAGAGGCGAGGAGGAGGGGCGCGCCCAGCGGGCUUCUCCAGUUUUCCACGGCAGACUCCAGGGAGCGACGGCCUCCCUCCCUCUGCGGCCGGUUGGCCCCACUGGCCCCCCCCCCCCCCAGUCCCCACACAGAACCCCCUUCCGAGCUGCUGCUCGAAGAGCAAGGCGCCAGGGGGCCGGGGCAGGCGGACACUCUGGGCUCCCGGCCCCUUUGCUCUCCCCCACACAGCCAGCACCCGCACACGCCUUCCACGUCUCCCGUGCGUGCGCGACCAGCUCCUGCCUGUAGAUUUGUGCUGGGAGAAGACCGCUAUCCCCCCUCACCCUCCUUUUGCACGCAGCGCGCUCUCCAGCCCCUUCCUGGGCCCCUCUCUGUCUUGUCUCCCGUCUGGUCAGGAACCUGUUUGCAAGUGAAGCAAUAUCUCCGUGUUUUGUAUAUACAACCGCUCUUGUAGCCUUUGGUUUUUUUGUUAUUGUAGAGAAACACAGAUUCUUUAUACACUUUGUAAGAUUGACGCCAAACCCCAGCUCUCGACCUCUUAUUCUCCCUGUGGCCCCCGCACUGUUGCCCCGAUGCCUCGUUUCUUCCGCCCGUUACUAAAAUGUAUAAUCCGACUUCCUGUACAGAAACCUGCCGCUGCGCCUUUGUCUUCAUUCUCUCCGCCAGGCGGCCACGGCUGGGCCAGGGCUUCCCGAGGCACACGUCCCGCUGCGGGCUGCGUCCGCCCGGCUCAGCCCCGCAGGGAGCUAGAAGAGCAGGUCCAAGCGCCACCCGGGACAGUGCGGAGGCCCACGAGCUGACCACGGGGGCCUUGGCCUGCCGGGGAGGGGUGGGUGCCCUGUCCAAGCUGCCCCUGUGGCUGGGGGAUGUACUCAACUUCUUCUCGGCCCAGGAGCUGAGGGUGCCUCCUAGCAGGGGCUGACCUGUGCCCGCUGCUCCCCAUUCCCAGCCCUGGGGUUGGACUGUCCUCGCUUCCAUCUGCUGCCCACGGCCGCCGCCUUCCCUGGGGUCUCAUCAAGGACACGCAAGAGGGACUCGACCAGGGGAUGUUGGUGAUACCGGCGCCACUCCAGCUCUCCCCAUCCCAGGCUGCCCUUUAAGGAGGGCCCAGUGGGAGGACGCUGGUGCCAGAGGGGAGGCAGGCGGCCUGGAGUUCCUCUGCCUCUCCCCAGGAUCCAGCUUCUCCCCUGGCCUGAGGGCCAUUUGCCACUAUGGUGGAAGUGUUGCUAUCCCCCUCGCCUCCCCCCCAUCCCUGCCCUGACCAUGUGACCCAGUAACUCCUCUCUCACCUGAGUGCCUGCAGCUGUUCUAGAAGCUCUACCCUCUGGCUAAAGUCACUUAUGCCCUUGACCCCUUGAAGAGCCACCAGAGACGGGGGUCUACUUCUCCCAAUGCCAGGCUUUGGCUGCUCUGCCUGGAGAGCUGGGCAAACCCAGGCAGUCUUUCCAGAAGGGCCCUGAGCCACAGGGGGCUGUUCCCAUAGGGGAGUUGGAGUGAGGCAGGGUGUGUGCUCCAGGCCAGGGGGCGUCCUGAGCCAAGGCCCCCAACAGGACAGCGGCAGAUCUGGUGGGGCCACAAACACUCCAGGGACCAUUCACUCAGACCCUGGGGGUGCUGAAUCUGGAUUUGGGCAAGGUGGGCAUAGGGAGGACAGAGGGUGGGCAGAGGCUUCAGGCAGGCUGGGUGAAGUAAUGGAGGCACCCUGGAAGGUUUCAGGCAGUCCAAAGAUCAGAUCUUUCCUGAGCCUCCAUGGACUGGCCGGGCCCGAGGCACAUACCAGGGAACGAGACUGAGAUGACAUUGUCCCCUUGGGGGUUACAGUCCAGCGAUGCUGUUUCAGUUACUCUGAUUUCAGUGAUGUAGUAAGCCCAGCAUGUACACUCGGUGCCAGGCACUGUUCUUAAGUCUUUUUUUUUUUUUAAUGGUGAUAAAAUACACAACAUUAAAUUGGCCAUCUUGACCACUUUUCUGUGUACAGCUCAGUGGCAUUAAGUAUAUUCAGUGUUGAGCAACCAUGCCCACCCAUCUGUCUCCAGAACUCUUCAUCUUGCAAAACUGAGACUCUGUCCGCGUGAAGCAUCAUCUCCCCACCCCCUGCCCCAUCCCAGGCUCCCACCAUCUACUUCCUGUCUGUGAAUUUGACUCCUCUAGGGACCUAUAAGUGGAAUCCUACAGUAUUUGUUCUUUUGUGACUUGCUUAUUUCACUUAGUAUAAUGUCUUCAAGGUUCAUCCACGUUGUAGCAGGUGUUAGAAGUUCCUUUUUAAUAAAAGGCUGAAUGA